AUGGAGAUUCGUUGCUGCUUUUGCUGUGAGGACUAUCGAAUAGUGAUAGAGGACGAGUACUCGGGAACACCGGGCAGUGAGUACACGUGUUGUCAGGGCACUGUUCACAUAAAGACAGCCACAAUGUACGUGGGCAUUUCCGCGUUGAUCCUCUCGGCUUUCUCGACGAUUUGCAUGUUUUUCGGGAUCUAUUCAGUCAAUCUCUGGUUGGAUAUCAUUCUGAUCGUUGUGAACACAGUGGUCGCCAUUCUAUUAUUGAUUGGGAUUUACUAUGAGAAAGCAUGGAUGAUGAUUCCGUUUAUUAUCACCGAGAUCAUCCAAUGCGUUCUUUUCUUUUCCCUCGCCAGCUACACUCUCUAUUAUAUGCUCAAAUUUAAACAAGAUCGAUUCCGGAGAUUUGAUCAAAUUCUAAUGGUUAUUUCAAUCUAUGUGGGAAUUGUGAUUUGUGGAUCGGCAAUCUGGGCAGCAGCAAAAUGUUUUCAUUAUCUAAAAGAUAAAGAAAAAAAUCCAUCGGAAAGCCGAGUACAACAAGAUCGACGGCCGACAAUUGACACGUCAAUCCAUGUAGAAUGCGGUAUGAAUGGCACUGGCUAUUGGUUG